UGUUGGGUUUACGGAAGAGGAGUCCCAGGCGUGGCUGAGGAACUUCCGUCUUUGACAGCAGAAAAAUGACAGCGACUCUGCGCCCCUACUUGAACGCUGUGAGGGCCACCCUGCAGGCGGCCCUCUGCCUGGAGAACUUCUCCUCGCAGGUGGUGGAGCGGCACAACAAGCCGGAGGUGGAGGUCAGGAGCAGUAAGGAGCUGCUACUCCAGCCUGUGAUGAUCAGCCGCAAUGAAAAGGAGAAGGUUCUCAUUGAGGGAUCCAUCAACUCUGUCAGAGUCAGCAUUGCUGUCAAACAGGCUGAUGAGAUUGAGAAGAUCCUUUGCCACAAGUUCAUGCGCUUCAUGAUGAUGAGAGCCGAGAACUUCUUCAUCCUGAGGAGGAAAGCAGUAGAGGGAUAUGAUAUUAGCUUCUUGAUCACCAACUUCCACACGGAGCAGAUGUACAAACACAAGCUGGUGGACUAUGUCAUCCACUUCAUGGAGGAGAUCGACAAGGAGAUCAGCGAGAUGAAACUCUCCGUGAACGCCAGGGCCCGUAUCGUUGCUGAGGAAUUCCUCAAGAACUUCUGAUGACAAUGUUUGUCUGUGGUCCCACACAAACUGGGAUACGCCCCAAGGGACACUCAGCAUAAAAGAGGAGAACGAAAGGAGUCGACAGCCAAUCAGCGAGGAUAUGAGAGGAACGUGACCAAUCUGGAGAGAACACCCUGUUGCACCCGUCUGGAGCAUUUCCCUGUACUCAUGAAUAUCAAUGACUGUAUAUAAUGAAAUGUUUAGGUUUCAUUUUCAGCCACUUAGAACAAAUCCCCAAACAAAGGCGGGUCCUUAAAGUAUUAUUCAAGCUGAUAUCCAUGAGUACAGGAGCGCGGAGGACGGGCUGUCGCAAAUAAAUAGACCAGGUUUUUGUAUUUUAUCCGUGCGUCUGUGUUCUGUCACUGUUGUUACAAAUAAAAUCUCCAGAUUUAUCUGUUCAGGAAAGUAGUCUUUGUGGUUUUUGAAUCUGUAAAAGACCAACCAAAACCUCCUGUAUGAAAAUAAUCAAAUAAAAAAAGUCUGUUUUA